UGCGGCAAAAGAGUCCUCCAAGCCACAGCUCAGAGCAGAAAGCAAACAGCGGCAACAGCAGCCAGAGCCCGAGGAAAGAGACGGAGGAAGACAAGGAAGAACACAGGACUUUGCUUUUCUCACUUCUCUUCUCCCUUGCAGAGAAAGCUGUGCUGGGGGCAGGAGGCUGCAGCCCAUGCUGUGACUCGCCAGGCUCGCGUGGGCACCUGCCCCUGUGCACCUUGCCAGGAUGAUGGGCUGCAAGUCCAACUCGCUGACUUGCUUGCAAGGAGGGAAGCCGGGUCUGCCUGCAGUGGCUGCCACCACCGACUCCACGGCCACACUCAACAAGCUGGCGCUGGCCACGGGCGGCACGGAGAAAUCCUGGUACCGCUGCGUCUUCCCCUUUGGCAUCGUCUCCCUGGUCAUUGGCAUUGCUGCCACGUGCAUCACCUUCACCAUCAAUGGGCGGCAGAUGGACAUUGCCAAGGUGGUCUCGGUGGCCACCCUGAUCUUCGGGGUGGGCCUGCUGGUGGGCGCCUUGGUCUGCUGGCGGGCCAAGAGGCAGCGGCAGCGCAAGAAACAGCAAGAGGAGCCUGCUUCCGUCGAACAGGGGGCUUUGUGAUGCAGGCACCAAGCCCAAACCCCGGCAGGUAGACCCAUGGCUGGCAAGAACCCCACCUUUUUCUUGUACUCCAUGGCAGAAUGAGGGGAGCCAGGAAGGGGGCUUUGGCAGCGCCCUCCAAUGUUUUGGGAAGAGAGAAAAAGGACAGUGGAACCUGGCAGUGUGGGGGCAACUUUUGUCCUGUUUUUACUGAAUGUGUUGAGCGAUGUUUUGGACAGUGAAAGGGAAUUGGCCCGAUCCAGGAAGGAUGGUGAAAAGCCGGAGACAAGUGGCAGGGCUGGCUGGCUGUGCAACAGGCUGUUCCCUUACAAAAGUCGCCCUGACCUUGGGUUUGUGAGCUUCUUUGCCACACAGAACUGUUUGUUUACAAAGAGCCCCGGGGAAAACUCCUUUUUUAAAAAAACACCAGCAGAAUGAGAGCAGGGAAGGCGUUUCCUCCCACAAGGAUGCUUUCUGCUUGUCUCCCAACACAGCUAUGCAUAUUGUUGACUGAUCACAGAAAGAGAUACCUAUUUUUUUUUAAUGAGGAUCGUGGAGCAGCAUUGCCUAGUGAAACAUGAGCGAAGCCAAAAGUUCACAAGUUUCGGCAGGACAAAAACAGUGCGAUUCUGCUGGCUGAGAAGGAUGAUGGAGCCUGGGGGUUCCAGUUGGUGGUAGCUCUAGAAUGAUGCUCCUUUUCCAGGGUGGAAAGCCCAGGUCAAAGGUUACUGUCAGGAUGUUUUUGGAAUAAACAGAUAUCGUCACUUCUUGCAAGUAAAAGUGAAGAAAUACCGUUUGAUGGAGAAGGUGCACAGUGGUAGCAAAAGAGCCCAAGACAAGUUUCAAGAUCUCACGAGACAUGGGACAGUUGAAACUGCAGCUGAAGCUGACAAAGCGGUACAGCUUUCCUGUGGGAAUGGCGGGGCAACUGUUCAUUGGGAAGUGCAGCCCAGAGUGCGAAAGAAGAGGCUGGCCUAAUCUGUCCUUCAGCGCAAAGUGCUGCAAACUAAAGAAGUUUCUAGUGCUGGUGGAGCUUUGCCCACCUGACUAUAAAUUCAGCCAUGUGCCACCAACCCAUGCAGUCUGCAUUGUGCCUCUGGUUGGUUGCACAUUGGCAAUAUACUGACGCAGGAGUGUGCUGUGAGGUUGUCCACCACAGACGGUUGUUCCACUAGUUUUCCAAAGCAAUGUAUCAGGUGUUCUUGAUAGAAUUAAUGUAACCUGUAGCUUGACAGUUGCUGCAUCAGAGUUGUGGUUUCAGAGGAUGCAAAGGGCAAGUCGUUGACAGGGCCCCAGUUAGGACAGGAUAGCAGCUGAGCUUGUAAGAGGCAUGAGAGAGAGAGAGUAAAUAUAUCAUGCAUUAGAUGCCUACAUUAAAGUGUGUGGGGGGGGGGGGGCAAAUCUCAAUGUCCUGGUUCAAUCUUUCAGUGUUUCUCCUUGGGAAGUAAUAGGAUCAGAACAAGGAAUGUGUGUAUUCCUGACUUCUCUAAGCUUCCCCCCUUAACCUGACUUCUUUGGCCUGGUUUUUUUCUCCCAGCAGGGUGGCCUGCAAACCACAGCUGUGUACCAGCAAUUCAAAGGAGGUCUCCUUUCUCCUCCUUGCUGCUCAUUCUCAGCUGAGCUAUAGUAAUACCAAGGCUGGCUGAUAGCUAUGGCUGGAAGA